AUGGGUGACCACUCUGUGACCGACUACAGCGACCCUGCUGCCAAUGCCCCCGACGCAGCUGCUUACGGAAAGGGAAAAGGCAAGGCUGUUGAUGCCUACGAUGACGUGAACAUGGGCGAGGAAGAAGACGACGAGAGCUCCGAGGAGGAGGAAGAAGAAUUGGGCGCCGAAGAUGACGACGAAGAAGAAGGCGACAACCUCGAACCCAUCUCCGCCGAAAAUAUCAUCGAAGGCGGUCGUCGCACACGCGGCAAGCGUAUCGACUUCGCCGAAGCCGCCGAGAAAGCCAAGGCUGAAGGCGACGACCCAAUGGACGACGAAGAUGACGAUGAUGAGGAUUUCCACGGCGAGGACCACGAUGGCGAUCACAUGCAGGAGUAG